GCAAGGAGGGGAGGGCUCAACAUGGGCACUCGGAAUUACCUCUGGCAUUUCAUCCUCCCUGCUCUUCUCUGUACAAUAAUGGCAUUAGAGGGAAGAGAGGCAAUGACUGCCCCCGCUGAGAGCCACGUAAAUGUCUCAAGGAGCACAAACAACGACAACAAUGGAACUGGCCCAGCUGCACCGGGCUCAAAUGGGGCAGAGCUCAAAACAACCCACUCCCCCCUGGGCACAACCUCGCUGUCCCCCUCAACCAUGGUGAUGCUGGGUGGGGAAGGGACGACGGGCACUGCGCCCACAGCAAUGAUGUGGGAAAGGAGCUCAUCGGGGAUGUCUGCCAAGGGCACUGCAGCGAGCCCAGCGUUCCCAACAAGGGGAGCUGGCAGCACCGCUGCCCCCAGCACGGGCAUGGAGAGUGGCACCGCUUCCUCCCUGCCCCUCAGAUCAGCCACUACGAGCCACUCCUCCUCAUCUUCCUCCUCUUCCGUGGGCUCCUCAGCUGUGACUCCCAGCCCUGAGCACAGCAGCUCCAGCAGCCCCCCUGGAACACCCUUGGGCACCACAUCCCAGCCGCCCACAGCACCCGUGUUCUCCUCUCCAUCCUCCCCUGCCGGUGCUACAGCUGGGCCAGCACAGGCCAUGACACAGGGCCCAGCCAGCCCCAGGCCUGCGGCUUCCACCCCUGGCACCGGCGAGGCCGGGCUGCCACCCGCUCUGGGCAGCAGCGCGGAGACAUCGCCAGCUCAGCUCAGCCCCACAGCCCUCCCGCAGGAGGGGACGGCCACGCCAUCCCCCACGGGGAGCCCCUCGCCUCCGGUGCGCGCGGCCUCUGCAGGCGGCAGAGCCACGGCUCCUCCUGGAGAAGGGCAGAGUCCCGCCAUGGGCCGGGGGAGCAGAACAACCGGGGCUGAGAGCUCCCACUCCUUCCCUUCCACGUCCUUGCCAACGCCAUCCCCGACGAGCCUGAGCACGUCCACAUCUGUUAAUCCUUCUGCCACUGGAACUUGCACUCCUAUCACUUUGUCCAUCCAGCUACAGAACGUGACCAGUACAAUGAUACAGUUCAGCUGGCAACCUCAAGGUGGCACAGCAGACAGUCCUUACACAGUGAGGCUGCUGAGGAAAUCAAGAAAGAUGCAGGAGAGAGUCCUGAAUGAAACAAGCAUUGCAUUUGAAGGUCUGCUUCCUGGUUGUCAGUACCAAAUAUCCGUGGAAGUUUCAACGUGCUCUAAGAACGUCAGCACAUCCUUGACAGUUCAGACAGCUGCUGAAGUCUUCAAUGGAACCACUAAGAUUACCAGUGAAGAGUUCAAGCCUGAAUAUAAGAACAAGUCAAGUGUAGAAUUUAAGGAGUUUGAAAAGAAGUUCAUUAUGGAGAUAACAAAACAUCUGCAAGAAUUACAAAACGGAACAAAAAUACGUAUUGUAAUCAAUAGCAUCGAGAAAGGCAGUGUGGUUGUGCACUUAGACAUUGUGUUGGAUGUUGGACAAAAUAUAACAAUACCAGAGAUUUCAGAUGCUUUUAUAGAGGCCCUUAACAGGAGCACACUAUUUAAAUUUGAUCUUCGAAAUAUUUCUAUAGAAGCAAGGAAUAGCUGUAAGCCAGGUUUCAAUGACUGCCACCAAAAUGCUACCUGCACCACUGAAGGAACCACUUAUUCCUGUGAAUGCAACAAAGGAUUCACUGAUAAGAGUCCCCGGGUUCCAGGGAGAAUUUGUCAGCAGGAUCCACUUUCACCACCAGCAACUCCAGUUCCUCCAAACACCAACACCACCAGUACAAAUGGAACACCAUCAACAACUCCAGUUCCUGCAAACACCAACACCACCAGUACAAAUGGAACAUCAUCAACAACUCCAGUUCCUGCAAACACCAACACCACCAGUACAAAUGGAACAGCAUCAACAACUCCAGUUCCUGCAAACACCAACACCACCAGUACAAAUGGAACAGCAUCAACAACUCCAGUUCCUGCAAACACCAACACCACCAGUACAAAUGGAACAGCAUCAACAACUCCAGUUCCUGCAAACACCAACACCACCAGUACAAAUGGAACAUCAUCAACAACUCCAGUUCCUGCAAACACCAACACCACCAGUACAAAUGGAACAUCAUCAACAACUCCAGUUCCUGCAAACACCAACACCACCAGUACAAAUGGAACAUCAUCAACAACUCCAGUUCCUGCAAACACCAACACCACCAGUACAAAUGGAACAUCAUCAACAACUCCAGUUCCUGCAAACACCAACACCACCAGUACAAAUGGAACAUCAUCAACAACUCCAGUUCCUGCAAACACCAACACCACCAGUACAAAUGGAACAUCAUCAACAACUCCAGUUCCUGCAAACACCAACACCACCAGUACAAAUGGAACAUCAUCAACAACUCCAGUUCCUGCAAACACCAACACCACCAGUACAAAUGGAACAGCAUCAACAACUCCAGUUCCUCCAAAUACCAAUACAACUGGACUUACAGGAUCUACAUCUAAUUCCAUUUUCAAUACCACUUUUACGUCAGCACCUUGCAUGACAGUGUCCAUCGAAGUUCAGAAUGUGACUAGAGAAGAAAUACAUCUCAGCUGGACCAGUAGUAGCAAAGGCAGCCUCUACAACAUCUCUAUCAUGGAUGGAAAGGAGAUAAAUACAACAACUACAAAUAAGACAAAAACUGUGUUUAAAAACCUGCUUCCUGGCCAUUUGUACACCAUUUCUGUGGCAGCGUCAUCUUGCGCUGAGAAUCAAAAAACUUCAGUUGCUGUCCGAACAGAUCCUGAUUCCUGUUUCAAAAGAACUGAGUUUUGUUCAGCACAAAGUACUGGCUGUUCUGACUUGAAAGGCAUUGUAUGCUCCAACAACCAUGCAUUUGCCUGCAAAGUUUGGUUAAACGAGACAUUUAAUAAUGCACUUUAUAACUCUCAUAGUGAAGACUACAUAGCAAUGUCUAAAAGGAUCAAAACAGAUGUUGUUGGAGCAAUGAAUGCUGAACUGGGGAAUGACCACUCUGAUAUUGUUGUGCUGGGGUUCAGACCUGGCAGUGUGAUUACUGAUUUCCUCUUUCUGCUGCCAAAAGAAGAUGCCGUGGAUGUGGAUGAUAUACAGGCCCAACUGAAUAGAGUAUUAAGGAGCAAGUUUGGGAGCAAUACUGAAGUGCAAUCUCUGUCUGUUCAGUCAUCAACUGACAACAGCUCCUCCUGGAGAGUAGCAGUGAUUGUCCUUGGAGUUUUACUUGGAGUUGCACUAGUGCUGAUUCUCCUGGCAAUACUGUUUUACAUCUAUAUGAGGAGAAGAUCAGGUAUGGAAUUUUCCACAUUGUACACGUGGUAGAGUGAGGAACAGAGACACUUCUCUUCAUUCCAUCCCCCUAUAGGUACUGCAAUGACUCUAACACUGGCAAUCUAGAGAGACAGGAUCCAAACUACUCAAUACUGUGUUUAGGUGACACUGAAAACAUGGUGACUGAGCCUGGUAGCGGUGGCAGGUCACCUGAAUGCUCAGCUGAGCCCAGAGUCAUCCUGUUGGGUUUUGUGCCCUUGGCUAAGGGUGAUUCACUUCCCUUGAGACUUUUACCAUGGUACAAAGAUGCCUUUUUCUCUCCUGUGACUGCAGAAUGAGCCCAGGAUAAAUAAUGUUCUAGCAUAUGCAGCCUGAUUAGGAGAAAAAUGGGAUACAUCUCAGUUAUGUGGACUUUCUGUAGAGGUCUGGAGGAGCAGAAACUUGAUUUGGAGGCUUCUGGAUUCAAGGUUUCUUUAAUUGCUUCGCCAUGAAGAAAUGACUGCUUAUAUCUGUCAAAUGUAUAGCGUGCUGAAUACAGGUGUGUUUUUACAGCAUAAUCUCAAUGUAUUAAUAGAUGGGGGAGAAAAACAUUAGGUUAAUUUGAGCCAAAAAUAUUUUACUCACUUAUUUUUGCCAGUAAAAAAUGGUUGGCUGAACAAGGACAUGCCAUACAGGGCAAUUUUGUCCUGCUCUUGGUAAUCCUAAAGUAGAGUCCAGUGGAAAUAACUCCUGUGGCAUUGGAGCAGACCUUGCUUUAGAUUUGUUCUAAUUGCUCUGAAACAAUGACCUUUACCUUUUCCCACCACUCUUCACUGCAGUCCUGGUGAAGUUACAAUCUGUCUCUACUAUGUUGCAGCUUUUCCUGCUUGGAAUGUGCUGAACAGAAGAUAAAGGGUCAGUUUACUGCUGCACAUAUUUCCAGCAGGAUGUAUGUGUUCCAUUUCAAACAGCUCUCCCUGUAUCUGUAUAUUUUGUCAGUCUGCCUAGGCUCAGAAUUCCUGUUGAGGCACUGAGUAUCCUGUGAUGUUGAGGCCCUGGCUUACACUCCCUGAACACCCCUGGUUUUGGGGGGACUAAGUUCUGGU